CUUGUCAUUGCCUACCGUGCAACAAUCAAGCGUGUGCUAAUUGUGACUGAGGUUGCACUGCCCAGCAAUACAGGCAGCAGUUUCACACUACAGACUAAUGACGAGUUACUAGAUAAACUUAGGCACCACACCACAGUCCAUUCACUGCCGCAUCUGAGGCUGUUCAAUGAUGCAACAACGAGACAUUACAGAUGUACAUUCUUCACCAAGUCGAGCAGCAAAGUUGUCGCACCAAAUCGAACUUGCUACUGCACCAUCUUCACCAAGUCGAACUUGCAGCCGCCAGGUACCAUAGUUGCUCAACUUGAUCUCUCUGGUAGCUCAUCCGGCAAGACUGCUCAAUGUGUGGAGGCGCAAGUGGCUCCGCGACCGAGGAAGGCCCCGGUGCUUGCCAUGGCUGAAGACGGCCUCCAACCGCCGGGCCCAAAGCAUCCAGCCUUUGUUCGCAUGCGUGUCUCCUUCCUGCGUCACCUAGUACGUAAACAAACACGCAUGAUCUUUAUGAGGGGAAAAACUACAAAAUGGAAAUCUCAGUCCUACUUCUCCAUGACGACAAGGACGACGUCGCCAUGCGUGCAUGCUCCAACCUGUCCCCUGUCGCAGCCCCACCACUCGAUGCCGAUGCACUCCAACCCGAGGACCACCAUGAUGGAGGUCGCCUCACAGCCUAGCGACGAGUGUUUGUUGGUUUCUCUUUCAUUUACGGACAUCUUGGGCUUGCUGGGUGCAGAAUCAAGAAGCCCAAUCAUCAUCAGGGAUGAAAAAAGGAGAGAAGCACGGGAAGAGGUACUAGUAGAAGAGGAAGAAGUAAUGUGAAAAAUGAGAUAAAUGUGACAAUAGCAAGUAGAAAAGCAUGAGAGGGAUUCAGAUUUUGUUUUCACAUUCUUGCUGUACACGUACCUUUGGUCUGUAGAUGCACCGUAAUGGAUCUAGGAAGUAUGAAUGGUUAAUACCUUAAUGGUGCACUAUGCAUCUUUGGCAGGUUUUUAUGCCUUUUUAAAUGGUUGUGGAGCAAUUUAAUGGUGCGCUAUGCACUGAAGUAUAUAUUGUUUAUAUGUUCUUGUA